AUGCACCAUGUCCCCUCUCCUCACCUUGCAUCUCUCACCAUAAAUCUCUUAUUCCAUCUCCUCCAAUCAGCCCACGCUCUGGAUGUGCCAGUAGGGACCGGCAUUCGGACAGCACUGGAUCCCGACUUUCGACAAAUCAGGUUUCGGCCUGGUGCCGGGCCGGCAAGCGUCCCGAAUUCCUGGCCAAUCUUGCGUCGGAUGGACUUUUCGCUCGCAGCAGCACCUGAGAUCUCCCACCGUGAUAAGUUACUAGAACAUUGGGUAUCAAAAUGCAGUGGAGCUGGCAAAGAAUAUCAGAAAUUUCGGGAUUUCUCCGUAAUACCCCCAGCAGUAAGCUCUCAACCGAUCGAGAGUCUCCUCAUUUAUCUCUCGAACAUCUCUCUUGGAACACCUCAGCGGCCCGUUCUGUGUACCUUGUACCCAAACAGACACUCAGCUAAUUGUAUGCGUCUAACAGUACACUGGUGUGUCAACAAUCCUGUCAGUGUGCCCGGCCACCCUAACGGAUAUUUUUCAAGCUUCUACUUGCGUCUUCCCCCCAAACUCAAACAUAUUACUUCGGCAGCAAAUUCCACAUCAUUACUCCAGAGUGGCCACCCUCUGAUGGCAACUUAA